CAGUCAUUGAAAAGGGCUUCGAAAAGCUGUGGCAUUCAUCUAUUGCAUCAUAUGCAUAUACAUUUAAUUCAGACUAAAAUAGCAUAACACUUGACAGCACUAAAUACAGAGCCCCUCCUACUACUUUGUGUUCAUCAAUGAUGAGAUCUUUGAAGAGUUUGUGUCUGCAAGGCAAUAAGGCUUUAUUGGCUGCAAUUCAGUAAGUGAAACUGAGAAGUUCAUUCCCAAACAUACACACCAAUUUGAAAGGAUUUAAAUGACAUAUAAGGGCUCAUAUUUAACACCACUAACUACAAAAGUAACACGGCACUAAGAUCUUGCACAGCAGACACCUAGCAGCUGUCUUCAUCUCCAUCUGCCAGCCUUAGCUUCAGAAUUAAUGGAUCUGAAUUGCAGGACAACGCUACAGUAUGGGGCAUUGUUUUUUGCAUUGUUGGGGUGUGUGCUUACCUGUGUUGGCACUUUUGUGCCUCUCUGGAGGAAUCUGAACUUAGAUCUGAAUGAAAUGGAAAUUUGGAACGCAGGACUGUGGCAAACGUGCGUUAUCCAAGAUGAAGGUCCAAUGGAGUGCAAGGACUUUGAAUCGUUUCUGGCAUUGCCAUUUGAGCUCAGGAUGGCAAGAAUUCUAAUGUUCCUCUCAGAUGGACUGGGGAUCAUUGGCCUCAUUGUUUCUUGCCUUUGUUUGGACUGCCUGAAGAUUAAUGAAAAGCACACAAAGAAGCACCUUGCACUUUUUGGAGGAGCACUAUUCUGGGUGUCUGGAAUUUCUGCUCUGGUGCCAGUUUCUUGGAUAGCCUAUAAUACAGUCCAGGAAUUUUGGGAUGAGACAAUCCCUGAAAUUGUGCCCAGGUGGGAGUUCGGAGAGGCCAUGUUUAUGUGUUGGUUUGGCUCUUUCUUCCUCAUGUUUGGGGGCUCAUUGCUGUUUUGUUCAGUGUACCCUGCGACCAAACAAACUAUAAAGGACCAGAAUAAAAACAUGGACACUGGGCUAUUAUAUGACCCAUCAACACUACAAAACAGAUGUCCAGAUCUUAUCAUCUAAACUACAUGCAACUGAAUCAUUCAAGAGAACCUUCAGCAUGUGUGGCACAGAACAAAUUGUGUUUUAUGCAUGGCAACAUUUCCUGUACUUUGCAAUUAGAGACUGCCUUAACAUCAAGCUACUAAUCUGUAAUGGAGGACAGUGAUGUCUUUAUUUACAUAGUACAUAUGCUAUUGCAUUGCACAUCAGUAUAUCAUUUCCAAAAUGAAAUGUCUUUUUUGGGUUCGUGCAAUUUUAAUGUAAUUUAAAAAUGUAUUUUGUUGCAGUGCACAAAACGCCUAUUAUGACUUUGCCAAAAUAAAAGCCAAUGUUCCCUAUGUUUAAUUUAAAAAAAAAUACUGUUUUUUUUUUCUACCGACCCACAGACUAUAGGUUUCAUAUUUAAAUUAGAGAAUAUUUACAAUACCUUAAAAGACUCUUGCUAUCUUCUGCCUCAGUACAUGGCUGAUCUUUGUCUGUUAACAGGUUAAAAACAAAGAUCAUUUAAGACGUGGGAGCUUGAAAAGUGCAGAUAACUCCAAUAAGAGUACAGUAUUCUGUCCUGUACACAGAUCCCAUUGCUGGAGCUCACAUAGAAUUUCUUGAUGACAGACAGGUCAGUCCUUUCUUCGGCUACCAGAAAUACAGGGCUGCUGGAAAUUAAGCACUUGAAAGAAGAAAUACAGGUGUGUUUCUUAUUCAUACCAGCCACACUGACGGGAUUAUUCUGCAUCAGUCACGCAGCAGUAAUAUCACAUUAAAUGCCUCAACUUAAAUGGACUUAAGACAGUUUUAUUGCUCCAGAAAUGCUAAAUUACUUACCAGUCAGUAAAUUGACAUAGAUCAUUAAAUGUGAUUUUGUAAUUCUCUGAUGCCACACACCUGCAAAGAAUUUAAGAAUUUUAACUUUGCCUUUCAAGAUACAUAUUCAAACUAUGUAAAGAUUGUAGUAAAUAUGGAAUGCGCAUUUAGUUUUUUCUUUAAAAUAAACAUUGCAUCCAUGCUGACUGUAUGUAUAUUCUGUAAAAACAACGUGCUGUAUCUGCUGCACUUCUCUGUGUCAAUCUUUCAAUAAUAAAAAAAAAAACUUGAAAACAGUGCAUCCAUAAACAAAAAACAAAGCGCACAAAAAGGUAUGUAAAUAUUCAUGGGUUACCUGUGUUGGAGAAUUAUUUGAAAGUGAGAGGAAUGGCAGUUCAUUAUUGUUUCCUCAAUUUUAUUAUUUUGGAUUUAAACUUGAUAUUUUAGUUUGCCUUUUAAUAUAAAUUUCCAAACUAUGUAAAGAUUGU